AACUUAUUAAAUAGGUAAUAAUGGCAUCGGUUUCGAUGGAAAAGAGCUUGUACGUUAACAGAAUUGCAAGGAAUUUGCAGAAGGAUGGUCUGCACAGCAAAAUUGGUCUAGAUAAGAUGGAGUUUUACCACAUAGACAGGCUGGAACUGAAGCAAAUACUUUCGAUGAUUCUGAAAGUGUUUCAGUCUAUGGAAAUAGAAGACGAGAAGUUUAAUGUGCAUGACGAGGUGUCUCUGGAAGAAUCAAUAGGAUUUGUAGUGGAGAAAACUACUCAAGUGGCUGGCAAAGACAGCAGCUUCCAGCCUGCUCUGUCGACUAUACACGACUGUUUAACUCGUGAGGAGAACCGAGAGAUUCUGUUAGUUUUGUUGGACUACCUGCUUGAAAGAUAUGAAUACUUAGCUGAAAGGGCUCUUCUGUCCAAAUUCCUAGCCUACCCUCCGCCUGAACCUCAAUACUUAGCAGAUGAAGAUGUGGCAAAUGCAUGGGAAAAUUACCGGACUCUGCAGCAGAUUUUUAAGCAGUCGCACACCGACUACAAAAAUGCAGUGAAACAGAAAGGAGACAAAGACCUUGAGGAAGUGCGAACGGAUUACGAGAAGAUGAAGGCGGAGAUAGAGAAUCUGCAGCAGAAGGUGUCCUCAAACAAGAGCAAACUGGUGAGUGACCCCGAGAGCAGCAAGUAUUUCUCCCAAGUGGUUCAAAUCCAACAGCUGAAGGAGGAGAGCGAGGCACUGCAGAGAGAGUACGAGACCAGAAAACAUCAGUUUGACGUGGGAGAAGUGCGUCAUGAGUACGAGAUGAAACACCUGGAGCAACUGCAGAGAUCGGAGGCUCCGGAUCCGCAAGACCUGAUGAUGAACAUAUUGGCAGAGUACCGACGGAAGAGCGAGGUCAAGGCAGAGCUAGAUAGGGAAGAGACUGCACUGGAGCAAAAGUUAAGUGUAUUAGAGACGGCAGAGAGACAGCCGGUAGAGUGGAUGCGCGUGAUCAAUAUGUGGAAGAUACCCUCUGGCAUGUUGCAAGAUGCGGGCCCCAUCGAAGACACCAGUGGACUCACUGCUCUGGCCGAGCUGCUGCAAUCUGAAAUUCGCAAUUUAACGCAAACUGCCCUGGAUCUAGAGUCGGACCCAGAGUCUCUCAAGGCACGGAACGUCAUUCAGAAACAAAUUGGCAACAUGGAGAGGCAGCUGCAGAGUGUGGAAGAGGAGGUGAGGGGGGAAGAGGAGCGGAACAGUGAACUACUGCAGGCCAACUCACAUUUCGAAGAGCAGAUCAAAGAACUGGAACACCUCUACUCCCAAGAUACUAUGAAGUUCAAAGACGAUUUGAAAGAGGAAAUCAAGCGGAGUUUGGAACAGCACAAGAGACUCACUAAAGAGUACGAUGCUCUCAGGGCUCACAGGGUGGACAUAGACAGGACCAAGAUACUACUGCAGAACGAACUCAACGCCCUCAAUACUCAAUUGCAAGAGGAGGAACAGCGACAGGGUGUGAGUGGCUUCUCUGCCACCCAGGGCCAGCUGGAGAAGGUGUCCACUCUGAAGAGUGAGAUAGAUGAGAGGAAGGGCCAGACCCUGAUGGACUACUCGAAUGUGGUGGAGGAUCUGAGGGAGAAGAUACAGGAGAAGAGGUCGGAGAUAGAGCAGCCGCUCAAGCAGGUCAAACAGCUCAGGACUGAAGUCAGGGAGCUGAAGACGGCUCAUUCAGACCUGAAGUCAAAGUAUGAUGCAGUGAAGAGCCAACACGAGACCCAGAGAAACGACCUGGAGAGAUCUGUCACUGCACUUAGAGGAGAGAUGACUGGACAUGAGACACGCAUGUUCCAACUUCAGAACCAGAUAGAUAAGUUGACGUUUGAGGAUGAGCAAGUGAAGAAGGAGUUGAAAGCGUACACUUCCUCAGACCCAACUGCCAAGAAAAACACACUGAGGGAGAUGUACAAUGCCAAGAUGAACGAACAGGUCAACCUCGGAAAGCAACUGAGGAGUAGGAAGAAGGACGUGAUGGAGAACGAGGACAAAUUGCGACACCAGAAGACGAGAUGGGAGAAGAUCAAUGCUGUGAUGGAGCUGAAGCUGCAGUCACUCUCCAAGCGGAAGAGUGAGAUGGCACAGGCACAGGCAGAGCUGAACGCUAACGAGGAGAGACUAGUCAUUGAGGGCAACUGAGACAGUCAAGAAAAGCGAGAGUUUGUAAAACUCGACCUGCUCGCCAUACUGAUAAAUCGUCAAAGGAUGCUAUUUUGGACUCCAUCAUAAAUUGUUCUAGAAAUUCAAAGAAGCUUUGGACUUCUUUUUAAGAACCAAAUUUACCUGUAAUUAGAACUGAAUCUUUUCGUGAAAUGGAAUUGAGUGAAGAUUGAAAGUAAAAGCUUGUGUAGAAAUGCAAUUUUGUAAAUAGAAACGAGUCAUGACUGAAAACUAUGUAAUUUAUAUCUGUAAUUGUCAAAUGUUGUAAAUGGUUGUAUCAGAUUUUCAUGAAUCAUGUCACGUUAUAGGUUUAA